UUCUCUAUAAAAGCCCCCGUUGUCUCCCACAGUGUCUGCUUGAUUGACUUGGAGAUCCUGCGUCCAACAUGAAACUAUUUGUUGUCUCAGCUCUGCUUGGGUGCCUCGCAACUGCCGUUGCAGCCCUGGCAGAUGUGAAAUGGUGCGUCAAGUCGGACAUAGAAGAGAAGAAAUGCAAAGACCUCGCCGCCAAAGGACCGUUUUCCUGCGUAAAAAGAGAUGGGUCGAUUGAAUGCAUCAAAGCAAUUCACGCUGGUGAGGCAGAUGCUAUCACUCUGGAUUCAGGAGAUAUCUACACAGCUGGCCUCAAACCCUAUGAACUGCGUCCUAUCAUUGCAGAGUAUGCUGGCAAAGAGAACUGUUACUAUGCAGUUGCUGUAGCCAGGAAGGGCACAAAGUUUGGGUUCAAAGACCUCCGGGGAAAGAAGUCAUGCCACACUGGUAUUGGAAAAUCAGCAGGCUGGAACAUUCCAAUUGGAAUGCUACUAUCCAAGGACAUAAUGCAGUGGGAGGGCCCUGAGGUCAAACCUGUUGAGGAUGUGGUUAGUACGUUCUUCCUGGAAAGCUGUGUCCCUGGAGCCACCAAACCUUCACUAUGCAAGUUGUGUAAGGGAGACUGCACCAAGACCCACAGUGAACCCUACUAUGGUUAUGCUGGGGCCUUCCAAUGUCUAAAAGAUGGGAAAGGAGACGUGGCCUUUGUCAAUCACCUGACUGUUCCUGUCUCAGAGAGAGACGAUUACGAGCUUCUGUGCAGUGAUGGCACCAGAGCCCCCAUGGACAGCGCAGAGACCUGCAAUUUGGCCAAAGUGCCCUCCCAUGCAGUGGUUGGACGAAAGGACCCCGAACUGACAAAACACAUCUUCAAAAGCCUGACCAUUGUCCAGAAAGAUCCAACCUUCGACCUCUUUUCCUCUGAAGGAUACGGUGCCAAAGACCUGAUGUUCAAAGACUCCACUCAGAGUUUGGUUGAGCUGCCACCCACCAUGGACUUCUUCCUGUACCUCGGAGCAGAUUACUUGAGCACAAUCCGUUCUUUGAAAAAAGAGCAGAUCAAAGAAUCUACAGACAGCAUUAAAUGGUGCACUGUUGGCCAUGCUGAAAAAAAAAAGUGCGACAAAUGGAACAUUAAUAGCAUGGAUGAAAAUGGUGACAUCAAGAUCGAAUGUGAGACUGGGAUCACGACUGAGGACUGCAUCCAGAAGAUUUUGCGCAAAGAGGCAGAUGCCAUGUCGUUAGAUGGAGGAGCGGUUUACACUGCUGGGGUGUGUGGCCUGGUCCCUGUCAUGGCAGAGCAGUAUGAUUCAGAUCUUUUGUUGUCCUACUAUGCGGUCGCAGUGGUAAAAAAGAGUUCUGGACUGACCUGGGAAACCCUGGGGGGUAAGAGUUCUUGCCACACAGCCAUGGGCAGAACGGCUGGUUGGAACAUCCCUAUGGGCCUGAUCCAUCAACAAACAGGAAACUGCAAAUUCAGUGAUUUUUUCCCUGAGGGUUGUGCCCCUGGAGCUAAGACAGACUCAACGUUUUGUAAAAAGUGUGCUGGUAGUGGAAAGGCUGUGGGGGAUGAUUCCAAAUGUAAGGCUAGUUCUGAGGAGCGGUACUUCAGCUAUGAUGGGGCCUUCAGAUGUCUAGCUGAGGACGCUGGAGAUGUGGCCUUCAUCAAACACAGCAUCGUGGAGGAGUACACUGAUGGUAAAGGUCCAUCAUGGGCCAAAGAUCUGAGGUCGGAAGACUUUGAAAUAAUCUGCCCGGAUAAAGGGCGCCACCCUGUUCAGAAGUUCAUUGAUUGCCACCUUGCCAAGGUGCCCACACAUGCUGUCGUGACACGGAAUGAGAUUGCUUCAAAGGUGGUAGCCGUACUCACGGAACAACAAGCCAGGUUUGGCUCUACGGGCACUGAUCCAAUUUUCAAGAUGUUUGAGUCAAAAGAUGGAAAAAACCUUCUCUUCAAGGACAAAACGCAAUCCCUUCAGGCUCUUUCAAUUCCAACAACGUACAAAGAUUUCCUUGGAAAGGAGUACGAGAUUUCCAUGAGGUCUCUCAGAUUGUGCCCUGACUAUACUUCAGAUCUGGAAAAAUCCUGUGAAUCAAGACGUUGCACGUCAGCAUAGAUGAGCUGUCAUCGCAACAUGCACACAAGCCUGAUUAAAGCAGAUAAUGUAUAUGUGAAGUUUAGAAAUUGAUUCAUUAAAACGUAUUUUGGUACAUUGGUAAGAUAAAAUCAACAAACAUGUACUAUAUUCUCAAAUAAAAUAUAGCAUGUGUCUA